AUGGCUGAUCCUUCAUCGGAGAAUAAUGUGGAGGUGAAUGAGAUUCUGAGUGAGGAAUUGACCUGGAGUGAAAAACAACUCUUUAAGAAGUUAGGGAUUUUCUCAGCCGGAGAUUUGGACAAUUUUCCGGCGUGGGAGUUGAGAAGGAAACUUCUUCUGAAUACGGGGGUGAAUCAUCGGAACCCACAAAGUACAACGGUGAAUCAUCUGAUUAAAUCUUCCAAUACUAGUUCUCCUAAUUGCAAAGAAGAUGAUCAUGAUGAUGAGAUCUCUGAGAAGAAGAAGGAUUUGCGAUUAUCCACAAUGAAAGUUCAGUUAGCUUCGAAGGUUGCCGCCGAAGCCAGAUGUUUGGUUGAAUCGAACUCUGAUUCUAAGAAAGUACCAAAGAAAGUUAAUGGGUCGUCGAAGAAAUUGGCCCCAAAGAGUAAGAAACAAGAAAAGAAGAAUCCGAGCAGAGUGGGAGCCCUUAGGAAGAAAUUCUUAGCAGACCAAAGAAAGGCAACACUCAGCAAGAAUAAAGAGAAAGAAACAGAGGAUGAUGAUAUUAUGAAGACCACUCUGUUCUGCUCCGAAUCUUCAAUUACUUCAAGAAGAAAGCGUAAAAUUUGCAGUAGUAUGACUAAUUCCCCUGAAGUUGAAGAUUUUAGGGCGUCAAGGAAGAAAGCUCGGGUGGCAACUCUGGAAAACAGCCACCCGAUGGCAAUAAAAGAUGAGCCAUUGAAAGAGAAUUUAAAGGAGAAGAACAUGGGCGGCAUGAUUAAAUCUAAACAAUGUUGUGGAGUAAUUGGAUCAUCAUGUAAUAUGGUAUGUUCUUCUCUCAAAGUUGACUGCUCUGGGGCUCCGAUCGCGAAACCUGUCACCACGGCCACUUUGAAAAGGCCACCCAGAAGAGAUGCUCCAAAGAAGUUAGUACAAGAAACAAACAUGGUGCUGCCAAAGAAAGUAACAGAAGAAGAUCCAGAGGAAGCAGCAGAAAGGCUGAGAAGAGAAAGAGAAGCUUCCAGACAAGCCCUGGAACUAAUGGAGCUAAAUGCCGACGUUUACGACAAUUUUCAGGUGAUGCAAGAUUUUAUGGAGCUGACGGGGUGCCGUGUCUUCGACGGAUUUGGACCGGAUUGCAUAGGGACAUACAGUGAUCAGUAUUAUUUCGAUGAUAAAUCCAGUUGCAGCAGCUGCGUUACAGAAGAAUUAGAAGAAGGAGAAAUAUCUUAGGCAGUUGCUGUAAGACAGUUGUGCUGUGUUUCAAGGCGUUUUGCCUACUGUCAUGUACUCCUUUUUGAGGGUGAAAAAAUGUUACGA